CUAUUAGUCAGCGAUUCCCCUCUCUCUCUCAGAUCCUCUCACCAAGUCAGAAGGUUAUAAAAGAUGCCGUCAACGCCGCCUACAACUCCGUCCACGACGUCGUAUUGGUGUUACAGCUGCACGCGAUUCGUCAGCGUCUGGGCUGAACACGGCACCACCGAGGGCCUCGCUUGCCCUCACUGCGACGGCGGAUUCAUCGAAGAAGUCACCGAUUCCUCCGCCGCCGCCGCCGAAUUAGCCUCCCCAGCUUCCGCCGAAGUUAGAUCGAUCAACAGCAGCCGUAGAUCCGUGAUUAGACGGCGGAGAUCCAGUCGCCGUCCCUCUUUUAACCCCGUCAUCGUUCUCCAAGGAGGCGCCGGCGAGGGAGAAGACGGAGACGCGGCUAGGGACCGACGCGCUUUCGAGUUUUACUACGAUGACGGAUCCGGAUCGGGUCUCAGACCUCUUCCGGAUUCAGUAUCCGAGAUUCUGAUGGGAUCCGGAUUCGAGCGGUUGCUCGAGCAGCUGAGUCAAAUCGAGGCGGCGGGUGGCGGACUCGGCAGAUCCGGGAACCCGCCGGCGUCGAAAUCGGCGAUUGAGUCUUUGCCGAGAGUCGAAAUCUCCGAUUGCCAUAUAACCGCGGAGGCGAACUGCGCGGUGUGCACGGAGGUUUUCGAGGCGGAGACGGAGGCGCGUGAGAUGCCGUGUAAGCAUAUUUUCCACGAGGACUGCAUCGUGCCGUGGCUAUCGAUUCGGAACUCGUGCCCGGUCUGCAGAUUCGAGAUUCCUUCGGAGUCUAACCAACAAGGGAGCAGCGAGGAGGGUGAUAACGCCGUGGGGAUGACGAUAUGGAGACUCCCCGGAGGAGGGUUUGCUGUCGGGAGGUUUAACGCGGCGAUGAGGGAUGGGGAGAGAGUGUUGCCUGUGGUGUUGACGGAGAUGGAUGGUGGUGGGCUUGGGGGUAACAGCGAGGGGCCUAGACGGAUCUCGUGGGUUAGAGGUAACGGGGCUGUUGAAUCGGAUGGUAGUAACGGUGGUGGAUCCGGGUCGGGAGGGAGGUUGAGACGGAUGGUUCGUGGAGUGGUGUCGUUGAUGAGGAGAGUGAGACCAAACCGUGGGUCUAAUUCAUCUUCUGCUGCUGUUUCAUCUUCGGACAGUGAAGUGGAAUCUAGGGUUAUGGAUCGGUCGAAUUCAGUGCUGAGGAGAUACUUUGGGAGGAACAGAAGUAACAGAGGUUCUUCAGUUCUGCAUUGAUAUAUAAUGGUUUGUUUGUUUAUUAUUCGAGAGUGUAUAUAUAUAAGAGUUCAGAAGAAAGAUUGCAACUCAAGUUUUAUUUUUAAAAUUCGAUUGAUUCUUCGUAUGUUACAUUACAUCAAAAUUUCUCAAUGAUCAUUCAAGUUUUCAUAUU